GGGCAAAAAAAUUAAGAGUUGGUAACCCUCAAGCAAAAUAAAAGUUUAAAGGUUCAAACUUCAUAGUUCUAAUUUAGUCUUUCAUUUAUUUUAAUUUUUUCGUUGUUUUAAUUAAAUUAAUAAAAAUGUUAAGUAUUUUAUCAAGAACUGCUUAUUGUUAUGUACCAUCAACAUUACGCAGUUCCCGAUGCAUUGCUUCCCUAUCGGCUCUACCAGAAACGUACCAGAUGUUAUAUAAAACCUGUCGAGAUUUCGCCGAGCAAGAGCUCAAGCCAAACGCUGCAAAAUAUGAUCGAGACCAUUUGUAUCCUAAAGAAGCUAUUAAAAAAAUGGGUGAACUUGGCCUUAUGGCGAUAGCUACAUCUGAAGAUCUAGGAGGAUCUGGACUAGAUUACUUGGCAUAUGCUAUAGCAUUAGAGGAAAUAUCCAGAGGAUGUGCUUCAGCUGGUGUUAUAAUGUCAGUGAAUAACUCAUUAUACCUGGGUCCCUUGAACCACUGGGGCACUGACAAGCAGAAACAGGAGUUUGUCACUCCUUUUUGCACUGGUGACAUAGUAGGAUGUUUUGCACUAUCUGAGCCUGGAAAUGGUUCAGAUGCAGGUGCAGCAUCCACAACGGCUAAAACUAAAGGAGAUUGUUGGAUUCUUAAUGGCACCAAAUGUUGGAUAACAAAUGGUUAUGAAAGUAAAGCAUCUGUUGUAUUUGCUACAACUGACAAGAGCCUUAAACAUAGAGGUAUAUCUGCAUUUGUUGUGCCAAAACCUAUAAAUGGACUCGAAUUAGGAAAGAAAGAAGACAAGCUUGGUAUACGAGGUUCAUCAACCUGUUCCCUCAUGUUUGAAGACUGUGAGAUUCCUAAGGAGAAUAUUUUGGGUGAGCCUGGUUUUGGUUUCAAAAUUGCAAUGAUGACAUUAGAUGCAGGUAGAAUUGGUAUUGCAUCGCAAGCUUUAGGCAUUGCACAGGCAUCUCUGGAUGUGGCUGUAGAAUAUGCCUCAAAGAGAAUGGCAUUUGGCAAACCAAUUAUGAAGUUGCAGGCAAUACAGAACAAAUUGGCUGAUAUGGCAUUGCAGCUAGAGUCUGCCAGGCUACUAACUUGGCGUGCAGCUUGGUUAAAAGAUAACAAAAAGCCAUACACAAAAGAAGCAGCUAUGGCAAAACUUGCAGCAUCUGAGGCAGCUACAUUUCUAUCACAUCAGUGUAUACAAAUCCUAGGAGGCAUGGGUUAUGUGUCGGAUAUGCCUGCUGAACGACACUAUAGAGAUGCAAGAAUUACUGAGAUAUAUGAAGGUACAUCAGAAAUUCAGAGACUUGUUAUUGCAGGACAACUGAUUAAGGAGUAUGGUGUAUAGUUUAUAUUUUUUAUAUGUAUAAAGAGAGUGUAUUAUAAAUUGUUAUAAAGACUUAUUAUUUCAA